UUUUUCAUAUAUAUUAUUUAACAGCACUUCUGAUACUUUGUGCCUUAAAAAAAAAUUUAAUUGAUUCAAAAAUAUAACCAACUAUAAAACUAAAAUAACAAUAAAAAUCAAUAAAAUAUAAUGAAGAAUUUUUUGAAACUAAUCUCAUUGUUUCUGACACUAAAAAUGAUUGCAUCAUUUGAUUGCUUCGAAUAUGAAAUAAAAAAUUGCAAUUGUUACCAACUUGAUAAUGCAAUAAUUCAAUACACAUGUAUUGAUCCAACAAAUUUAAAAAAUAGAAACAAUCCUAAACAAUUUGAAAUUUCAAUUGGAACUUUUGAAACUGUCAUAAAAUGUAUAAAUUCAGCAAGUUUAACAAAUUUUCAUUACAAUUUUCGUUCAUUAUUAAUAGAUGUAUCAGCUCUUGUUCUCGAAAAUUGCAUUGUUAAUAAAUAUACAGAUUUACAAAAGAUUAGAGAAUUAACAGCAGCACCGUAUAUUGGCAAAAUGAAUUUAAUUAAUAAUUUUCAAUUAAAUGAUAUUCUCAUUGAAAAUCCAUCUGAUGAAUUAAAUUCACUGCUUGGAUUAAAUAUCGAGAAUAAUAAUAAUUUAGAAGAAAUAAAUAUGAGACUAUUUCACAAGGUUAAAAAUAUUUUUUAUCUCACGAUAAAAAAAUGUUUUGUUCAAAAAAUUACUCCAAAUGCAUUUAGUGAAUUAAAAAAAUUAUUAAAAUUAGAUUUAUCGGAGAAUAAAUUAAAGGAUAUUUAUCCUGAAACAUUCAACAGAUUAACAACACUAACUGAUCUUGAUCUCAGUGGAAAUCAACUGGAAAUUAUUGAUAAUAACAUUUUUCAAAAUUUACAACAACUCAAAAAUUUGAAUCUUCAAAAUAAUAAACUUACAACAAUAUCACAAUUUCUGUUAAAUCAACUAUACAAUUUGGAAGUAUUUAAUGCAGCUGAUAAUUUAAUAGAUACAAUUCAUAUAAAUGCAUUUGCAGAAUCGUCGAAAUUAGAAAAAAUAAAUCUUGCAACAAAUAAUAUUGCUCAUCUUUCAUAUAGAAAUAGUAGAUUUGUAUCAGUAAUAAUGGGAUCUAGAAAAAACUAUUCACUAUUUUCUUCAUGUUUUAAUCUAAAGGAAUUAGAUCUCUCCUUCAAUAAUAUUCAAACGUUUUAUGAUGAUUGGAUUGAUUUAUCCGAAAAGAAAUUAAUUUCUUUAAAACUUUCACAUAAUCAGAUCACUAAUUUUAGAUUAAAUCAUAAUUUUACAAUGAAAUCAAAUUUUCACAUUGACUUAAAAAGCAAUCAAAUAAGAUCAAUUAAUUUAUUUUUCUUAUCAACACUAAAAUAUGAAACACCCUUUAAAAUGUAUAUAGACGCAAGGGAUAAUCCUAUUAUUUGUGAUUGUUUAAAUGACAAUCUUUUACAUUACAUAAAGGGUCAAAUGGAAAGAAAAAUUUAUAAUCAUUUAGAUAUAAAUACAAAUAAUUUAAAAUGCAAUGGACCAAAUGAACAUAAGGAUAAAAUAUUGUCAACACUAAGCAGUGAUAAUUUAUCGUGUGAAGUAAAAUUGAAAUCAGACAACAAUGAAAAACAAUUGUGCCAUAGAAAUUUUUUUAUUCUAUUAAAGCAAACUGUAAUCAAUUGUUCUAAUAUUGGUUUUACAAUGGUUCCAAAUAAUCUUGGAAUUAUUAUUACUUUUGAUAAUGAAUUGGAUUUUGAAAAUAAUAAUUUAGAACUUAUUCCCCAAUUUAGUAGUGAGGAAGUAAAAUUUGUUACGAAAUUAAUACUUUCGGGAAAUAAAAUUAAAAAUCUCUUUGGUAUUAAUGCGUAUAUGAAUCUUAAGAUUUUAAAACUUAAUAAUAAUGAAAUACAAGACAUAAGUAAUAAUGACAUAAAGAUUUUGAAUUCAUUAGAAAAAUUAGAACGCGUUACUCUAAGUGGUAAUCCUUUGAAAUGUGGACCAAAUUUCAACCAAAUUAAAAAUAUUGUAAAAAUUGAAGAUAGAAAUAAUCUAACUUGUCAUUAGAACCACUUAAAUCGACUUUUAAGAAGAAAAAUAAUCUUAUUCUGAAAUUUUAAAACUUUUUUUUUAUGUACUACAAACUAUAGAGAUAAUUUGAAGCAAUAUUCCGUCUGUCCGUUGUACACUCGUAUGGUUUCCAUGGUAAUAGUUACCAUAGCAACCGUUACUAUGGCAACCGUUUCCAUAGCAACCGUUACCAUGACAACCGUUACUAUAGUAAUCAUUUCCAUAGCAACCGUUCUAAUUUACAAUACACUUAAUGUUUUAUUUUUUAAGACAAACUAAAAUUAUUAUAUUUUUAUGUGUUGAAAAUUUUACUAAAAUUCUCGAUAAUUUUGAAUAUUGAAUAAAAAAAAAAAGUUUGUAUUGGCAAAUUGACAUUUGAUAUAAUUUUUAUAUUUCUUUACACCAUCGUGAAAAAAUUACCAAGAAUUGACCACUAAAAACUCUUGAGGAAAUUCCUGCUAAAAUUUCUGUUGGGAAUUACACUUAAAAAAAAACUUUAUUACUUAUUAUUUUUGUACUAUUUAUGAAAGUAAAUAAACAAAACUUUUAGGUUA